CCGCGCGCACACACACGACGGUCUCGCGCAUUAAUAAGCGUAUAAUACACACGCACACACACGCAAACUCGCGCGCGACGCGCCAUAUUGAAUCCGACGUCCGUAUAUGUGUGUGUGUGUGUGUGCGCGCGUUAAUUUUCGCGUAUCCGGCCAUUACCGGAUUACCCGAGCUCGACGAGUGUGUGUGUGUGUGUGUGGUGCGCGCGCGUGUGUGUGAAGUGCUACGACUCCGGCCAAGAGCAAAAUUUUUUUUACUCGAAUCGUGGAAAUUGAUCUCGCCCGAUCGGCCGGCUAUUCCGUCGUCGUGAGACACCGCCGCUACCGUCGUCGUACGCUGUUGCUGCCGCUGCCGCCGUCCCACGCUGCCCGCACGGCAAGUGCCUACGCCGCGAGCGUCGUUUGUUCGAACGGCGGCGAUCGACACCCGCUGUCGUCUCGCGUCACGUAUUUACGCCAAACGUCGGCGGCAAGAAUAUUGCGAUUCGCGAUAUCGCGCGUCCGCUCAGAGGGACCCGUCCGUCGCCCGAUCCCUCGUCCCGUCGGCCGGGACGCCGUCGUCGUCGUCGUCGUCCGGAUGACCGUAGGUUUUCCGACUUGGUCGCGGUCCGCGCGUCUCUCGCGAUCCGUUGCUGUUGCUGUCGCUGUUGCUCGUGCCGCGGUCGCGCCACAACGGCGCGAUGGCCGAUGACGACCGCCGGGCCGCCGCCGCUACUGCAACAAUAAUAACAAGUACGUUGUCGACGAUGCCGCUGCCGCUGUUAUCAAUCCGUCGUUACAGUGUUGUUGCGAUGUCGGAAUCACACUUUGUCGUGUAGCCGUCGCUGUCGCCGGACACAACGACCGAAAAACGUAUUACGGAUAAUAUUGUAAUUAUUAUAAUAUCGUCGUCGUCGUCUUUUGUUACCGUCGUCAUCAACUCCGCCGCCGCCGCCGCCGCUGCCGUCGAUCGACGACUUACUGCAUAAUGGCAUCUCAAAUGGAAAUUGACGAUGAUGUCGUCGAUUUAAGUAUAUCAAGUAGUCGUACGAAUCAAUCAUUAAGAGAUGAACCACUUUCUUUAAAAUGUAAUCAACCAGAUGAAGCUCAUAUCCAUAUGAAUGGGCAUUUGGUUAAUGGCUUCAAUACAAUUGGCAAUGAUUCAUCAGAGGAAAGUGAUGAUGAUAUGCCACUUGAACUUCCACCAUCCCCUAAGGAUAUGACACCACCUGAAGAGGUGAGUGAAAGAGAAAAACUUGUCAGAGUUUUGAAGGAGAAUCUUCGAACAGAAGAAAUGACUUUGGUGUUGUUGAAAAAAUUGCAACAAUCUCAACAAAUUAACCAAAUUGCUCAGAGCGUUACUAUCACGCCUCAAGCAGCUCAUACUAAAGAUCAUUCUAAUUUGUUGUCAUCCCAAUUGCCGACGGGGAAGUCAGCUCAACCACCAAUGCCUCAUGUACCUCAUCAUGCAAAACCACCACCGCCCCCAUUAAAUCGCUUGCCAUCAUCGUCAAGAUCUAAUGCCCAUCAAUCUCACCAGUCUAUGUCUUCAAAUCCCUUAAUGGGUUCAAGUAGAUUACCUCCUUCUAAUGGACUGCAAAAUUUGCAGAGGUCAUCCAAUGGUGGUCGAUCAUCACAUUCUGCACAUUCAACACAUUCAUCACCUUCAAUUACACUUGAACGAGUAAUAAAAGAUCACCAUUCCUCUAAUACUUCUCAUUCGGAACGUUUGAGAAAUGAUGAUGGUCAAACACCUGCUCAGAGACAAGCUGCUGCUAAAUUGGCGCUUAGAAAACAAUUAGAGAAAACGCUAUUACAAAUUCCACCACCAAAACCUCCACCACCUGAAAUGCAUUUUAUUCCAAAUCCAUCAAAUACAGAAUUUAUUUAUUUACUGGGAUUGGAACAUGUUGUUGACUUCAUAACAAAUGGUGAAAUGAUCGAAGCUAGUAUACCUAAAGAACCAUAUAAAUGUUCUCAGUGUGAUUCAAACUUUACACCAGUUUGGAAAUUGGAAAAACCAUCCAGAAAUAAAGAAUCUAAAAUAAUAUGUGAAUUGUGCGUCACCAGCAAUGUAAAGAAAUCUCUUAAAGCGGAACAUACAAAUCGACUGAAGACUGCAUUUGUGAAAGCUCUUCAACAGGAGCAAGAAAUAGAACAAAGGUUGGCUCAAGCAUCGCCACCAUCUUCUGUUUCCCCAGCGCCAGUUCAUCCAAUUCAUAUAAAUCCACCAAUGCCGUCCGUGCCCAAGCCAGCUCCUGCACCAAAACGUAACCCUACACCUCCACAACCGCACAAGAUGCAUCCUUCGGAUCCGACUGGCGGUAAAUUUAAUGCAGCUGCAGCUCACCUUGCUCUCCAACAACAAAUGCUCAGAGGGUUAUCACCUCAUCCAGCUGCUGCCAUGUUGCAGUUUGCACCACUUCUGUAUCCAUACCAAUUAGCCAUGGCACAAGCUAGUGGAAAGAAUUCGGCUGCUGCGGUAGCCGCAAACCUUGCCGAACUACAAAGACAGGCAGUUGAUUUGCAACGACAGUAUUUAAUGGAGAUGAUGCCCCAACAAGGCCAAUCACGGUCUGCAUCACAAACACCCACGUCUGCACACAAUUGGAAAUCAUGAUUCCCUAUGAUUUAUGUAUACUAAAAUAUACGUUCUAUUGGUUUUCCAGUGGCGUGUAACUAUCAACAUUAUUAUUAUAUAUAAUUGCACCUGAGAUGUCUGUGCAGAUGUUUUUUACUUGCACACUUGACGUGUUGCAUGUUUACUUGGCAGAUCUUUAUAGCUAUUAAGAUUGCCAGUUAUCAAUCAAUGCAUUCCAACACGUUAGCAUACAUACUAUGUGGAUUAUUUAGCUGUUGUGCCGUAUCAACAUCAUCGUUAUAUUAAGACUAGUAAAAUGCAUAGCAUAUAAAUGACACAAUAUGUGUAGUUGCUGCUUUCUACAGUCAAUGCGUUGUGUAUGAUAUUAUAUCCAAGAAAAGGAUAUUAUGAAUAAAAAAACAAUAAUAUACUGACAAGUCUGUACAUGUACACUUAAUUAAUUCAUCAUUACUACUCAGUCAUUGUGCCGGACUCAACUUUAUUAUUUUUUAUUUUAUAUUUUAACUUACAAUUAUUAUUAGUUAUUAUUAUUAUUAUUAUUAUUAUUAUUACGUUUUGGAGAAAACAUUUGUAACAAUACGUUUGUGUUUGUACAAAUUUUGUACAAAAUCAUCUUGUAUCAAACCUAUUGUUUAUAUUGUUCAAUUAUUUUGUAAAUAAUCCAAGUAU